GGCCCGCCCAGCUCCCGCAGCCGCCGCAGCACCAGCUCCUGCGGGGCCGCGCACAGCCGCACGUAAGCCCUGCCGAGCUCCGCCAUGGCGGCUCCGAACGACCGCCCACUCCCGAGCUUCCGGGGCGGGACCGGUGGAGACAUGGAGGAGCGGGACGAGCGCGCCGCCGGUUUCAGGAAGGAGACUGUGGACCGGCUGCUUCGGCUGUACUUCCGGGACCGCAGGACCCGAGUUAACGGCGACGCGCAGGCGCUGAUGGCGGAGAUGCUGAACGUCUUCGUCCGAGAAGCAGCGGCGCGGGCAGCGCGGCAAGCUCAGGCUGAGGACCUGGAGCAGGUGGACAUAGAACACCUGGAGAAAGUGCUGCCGCAGCUGCUUCUAGACUUCUAGAAGUGUCACGAAGCACAGCAGAACACCCUGACCUGACAGUGAACAUCUGGCCUGUCAUCAGAGUCCAGCUCUAGGAAGAACAGUCUCAACUUUUUCUUCCCUGCCAUUUUGCUUGUUUCCUCUCUCCUUUACUAAGCACAACAAAGCCCUGGACAGCUGUGCUGCCAGAUGCUAGUUUUAGACAGAGGCUGCCACACACUUGUUUUGGUCAGCCGUAUAACUCAUUUCCAUCUUGCUGCCUUAAACUCCUUUAACAGUGGCUGGUACUUCAGAGCAUGGUGAGAUGCUGUCACUUUCUCGGCUAAUGUGAGAAACAGGUGCUGCCUCAGAGAUGCAUGGAAAGACUUAAUGGCUGGAAAUAAUGUCCAGACUUCAGUCUCUCAUCACCUCAGCAGGCUGCUGUGGCAGAAACAUGCAGUCCAGUUCCAAGCCUGUCUAAAUGAAUAGGUUGUUAACAGGAGCUCAGUCACAGGCUCUUGCGAAAAGCAGGUAACUGAUCUUUAUUUUAUAAAUAAACAGUGUCUGUUCCUCACUCAUUCCAGUAUUUCUCUAGGGCUGUGGCAUCAAAGACUGCUUGGAUCCUUUUAACCAUUUGAUAGUCUCCUCGGAAACUGCUUCCCCUCUGCUAUAAAUUUGUUCUCACAAAGAAACAUUAAUAAAUUAAAACAGAGUCUCCCUCC